UAGAUCACUUGCUGUUGUGAAGCGAUGGUGAUGAAGUCCACUGUUGUGUGCAUUGUGGCACUGGCCUUGUUAGGCAGCUUAUGUCAUGCUCAAAGGGCUGUGGGUGGUUACAAGCCGGCAGGACCAUACCAGAAGCCAGCGAGACAGGAGCCUGUCAAACAACAACCUCAGACGGCCCAACAGAGUAAGCAGACAUUUGAAAGACCUCUCACCUGGGUAUACCCUGCUGACCCCACGCCUGACCCUGCAGUCGCGGUGCCUUUCGAGUUGAGACUUCCGGUUGCUUUUGCAACUGUUGCUGUCGAGUGCAGAGAGAGUAUUGCUCAUGUGGAAGCCAAGAAGGACUUUUUUGGGAAUGGCCAAUUUAUCAACCCUGCCGACAUUACCCUGGGAAACUGUGCCCCUGUUGCAGAGGACAAUGCUGCUCAAGUGUUGAUUUUUGAGACAGAACUGCACAGUUGUCUUAGCACAUUAACCGUGACAGAAGAUUACCUUAUCUACAGCUUCACUCUGAACCAUAAUCCCAAACCUCUGGCCAAUGCUCUUGUGGUGAGGACAGGCACAGCUGCAGUAAUUGUGGAAUGCCACUACCCAAGGAAGUACAAUGUGAGCAGCCUUCCUCUUGACCCCAUGUGGAUCCCAUUCUCUGCAGUUAAGGUGUCAGAGGAAUUCCUUUACUUCACCUUGAGACUCAUGACUGAUGACUGGCAAAACGAGAGACCAAGUUUCCAGUAUUACCUGGGAGACAUCAUAAAUGUAGAGGCUGUUGUCAAGCAGUUCUUCCACGUGCCCCUCCGUGUCUAUGUGGAGAGAUGCGUAGCCACCAUUGUACCUGACAUGAACUCAUUACCUUGCUAUGUCUUCAUUGAAAACAAUGGGUGUUUGGUUGAUGCACGGAUCACAGGCUCUAGUUCUAUGUUCAUGCAUCGCACUGCAGAGCACAAGCUUCAGUUCCAGUUGGAGGCCUUCAGGUUCAAGAACGUUGAGAGUGGAAUGCUCUACAUUUCAUGCCACCUGAAAGCUACAUCCACUUUACACCCCAUCGAUACUGAACAUAGAGCUUGUUCCUACAAGAAUGGGUGGAAAGAGGCCAGCGGACAGGAUGCACAAUGUGGCUCCUGUGAAGCUCAUGGAACUGGUGGAAAUCAAGGAAGCCUUGGUCAGGCUCCUGGAAGGAAGAUCCGUGAUGUGUCCCAAAAUGACGUUUUCGAAUGGGAAGGUGAUGUCACCCUGGGCCCCAUCCCCAUUGGAGAGAGGGUUGUCGCUUAACUCAAUUUCCUGCCACAGCUAUGACCAUGAAAAUAAACAUUCUCAAUGGUUAAUAACUAU